UCUACUGCCAUCCAAGGAGCAAUGGCAGCGCCAACGGCAGCAUCGGCGGCAACCAGCAAUAUCGUGAACGCUCCCUAAGCGGCAGACACGAUGUGUCUUGCUCGUAGUCAGAGGCGAUAUAUGGUGAAUGUAGGCAAUUGGAAAGCUGCUGACGGAGAAAUAAUCCAUCGCCUUGUGGUACGGUUGCAUGGCGAUCACUCAUUGUCAACGAUGUUCUCGCCCGUCCACGCAUAAGAGAAGCAUCUCUUUCAGGAUGUGUGUGCAUGGUGGUGAGUGUGGAUGAGCGGGAAGUACUGGCGCGGCUGUUGCGACAAUGAAUAUAACAGCAGUGUGAUAAAGUCCGACGUGAUUUUGAUGAGAGAUCAAGACGAUCAGGUUACCUUCGACGAAGAAUGCUUCUGGGAGCCACAGCGAAGCCACACGUCCGAAAAGGAGGUGAUACUGAUUUGGAAAAAAGCGAAUUCAUCAACAUUACUGUGUACUGCAAUAACCUCUGGGGCUGCUGCCUCUAGACUUAGUAGUUUCCGGUGUAGCAUCUGUCGCACUGAUAGGUAGAGUAUGUGCGAUGAUUAUGAGGUCAGCUAUGGAGAGCAGCCCCUGUACUAUAGAUAGUCCUCGGCCUUAAGGAAACAGUUCAAAAGAAGAGAGAAGUGUUGAGUUCAGUGUUUUGUGUCAAUCGCGUGCGUAUGCGGGUGUAAAUGUUACGAUGCUAUUGUUGAUAUAUUAGCGUGAAAUGCUUCUGUAUCCCUUUUGCUCUAUCUGGAAGUGUCUGAAGACCCUGAUCCUAAAAAUGUGUAAUAUCACCUAAACAAUUAACAGGCUAAGGGGUGAUUAGAACCUACGUGAACGUCAGCGCUCAGUGUAACUCUGGAGGCAAAAAAAGCUAAUUUUGUACAGCUUAUUCACAGUUCUCGUACGGAGAACAGACUCGCCUUCUUGUACAAAUUUCAAACGGAAUCAGAUUACCUUUUGUUAGCAGCUGAUGAUCGGGGCAGCGACAACCUUGGCCUCCUCAAACUUUUCCGCCAUCAAUAGAAUCAGAACAGCAGCUGUGGUUCCGUCGUUCCCAAUUUACCGGACGAAUCGUUCUGCCUUAUCGAUAACAUCGGUGACAAGAGCCCCAGCAGUUUACGCGACUUCUGUUAGCGACUUUCCCAGCGGCCACAAUAAAAGCCGUGGUCGUCAUUCGUGCCGCAGUCGCACUUCGGAGUCGGUGUCAAUAAAGUUGACAACGGUGGCGUUCGACAACGUUUCGAAUUCAGGAUGUCGGGCAGAAUGGGUGAAUGGAGCCUUAAGCUUCCCUACGACGCAAAACCUAUUCGGUUACAGCCAUCGAUGAUCUUCGUAGGCCGCAGUGAGUGCGAUAUUCUUGUGAACUCAACGACCGUCGAUAAGCGGCAUGCGGUAAUCUAUUUCAAUCAACAUGACCAACAGUUCCACAUUAAGGACCUUAAUACACUUAGUGGUACCUACGUGAAUGGCAUUCGAAUACCGGAACAGUCAUACGUGAAACUGGAGCACGGAGACCAAAUCCGGUUUGGUUACCAUAAGCAGGCGUUCGAAAUGCAACUAUCCAGAGGUAACGAUGAGGUUGAUACGACCAGGUCUUCGACUGCUGCGGCCCCUGAAGCAGGUAUGGCUGCAACUCCUCUCGAGGACGACGACUCACUCAAUGAGUCGGACACGCUCGUCAUUUCAAACAACAGCGCAAUUCGCGGACAUCCGAUAGCACAGCAACAAAAUCAGAACACGCUAUUGCAACAACAGCGGCAGACGAGCCCAAUGAAAGGAUGCGACUCGCUGGAAGACGUCUCAAUGGGAAGCAUAGCUCCUCGGCCACCUACUCAGCGGGGUGAACUGCACAAAAAUCAUUCAGUACCCACUCUGGAAUCACCCGCGUCCCCCCUUUCGGAAAAUGUGUCAGGAGGCUUACUAAAGCGUGGAGCCCAUGUUCCGAGAGAUCUGUCACUUGUCGGAAUGGUGGCAUCGUAUCACGCGGCCCCAGUGCGUUCACCCAGCGAACCUCAAAUCGACAACCGUAUGGUCGCGUCGUCGCUCUGGGACCAGGAGGUAAAGCGAAGCCCCCAGCAAGCCACGGCUGGUGGCGACCGUGAACGUCAAAUCGGUGUCGGGGGUGUGAACAGCGGCGUAGUUGGGACUCGUAGGCCUGUAGCCAUGACAAUUCCGGCAGAUGGUCGAGAACCUUUCGUUACCUAUCCGGUUGGCCGAGGGGGGCUUAAUAAUCAUACGAGCAACAACAAUAAUGACGGAAGUGCGGUUAUGUUACAAAGUAACGGGACGCUACAUGUUGAAAAUACCUCUGGUGGAGGAGCAGGCGGAGCUGCCACCGGUGUCAACAAUGGAGCGGUUACUAGUCCUUUAGCACCCCCUUCUUUAAGGAAAAAGUCACCCUCGGAAACUGCAAAGGAAAACCACGGCGACGGUAUUCAUUGCACGACGAGGACAAAAAACAAAGCCAAAGCUUUUGUAAUAAACUUCGACGAGCCAAGAAGACGCGCCUCGAUACCACAGAGCGUGCUCCAACGGCGAGAGCUGGCAGCUCGGAACAAAGAGGAGGAAUGCCGCGUAAGUGAGUUCAGCGGAGACUCAGCUGGAACCGGGGGCACCGUUCAGAACGGACUCAAUGGCAGCCUCUCAGACAGUGCUAACUUUCUCAUACAAAAGAUGCUACAGAGCAACAACGAUGGACCCAACGUCGACGGCGACGAUGAAGAAAUCGAUGACGAGGCCGGCGAAGAGGACGGGGAUCAUCGCAGUGAGGCGGGUACUUAUACUGUAGAUGAUCCCCAGGCGCGAGAGGCCAGGACGAAAAUUGACCAGGUAUUUGGCGUGCAUAGGCAGCCAGUCCCCGGUGAAAUCGACGAGACCAAUAGUUUUAAGGACUAUCAAAAUCGCACAAGAACGUUCAGUAAAAUCAACAAACACAAUGUUCCAGUUACAAGAACUCAGCCGGUAGUCGCACCGCCCCGGCGGAACCGGACCACCUCUUCAACGACUUUCCUCGCCUCUUCGGUGCCGACUCCGUCAAAUCUAAUGACCGACUCAAUGAUGUCCUCUACGAUCAGUUCGGGGUCGUCUACUGGAGGUCUGCCCUCAAAACCAGCCGUUGUUCGAGCCAAAAUCACCACCACUAAAACCCCAGUCUCGUCAAACGCUUCAGGGUCAGCUAAGGUCCGUAGACCAAGUUCGGGCGUAUCUCGCCCACCAAGUGCGCGAUCUACGGCAUCGACAACAGCAAUUAGUUAUGCGCAGCGCGAGCCUGUUAAUGCUGGCGCUACAGGACGGGUUAUUAACGCGGAAAAAAGCGUAACAUCUAGCGGUCCUUCGACACUAAGAAGAGGCACUUACGGCGGGUCGGACUUUAGCCUCGAGUCUUCCAACUCCUCUGGGUCUCACCUAACCGGCGGGGACUCCAUGAAAAUGAAUCGAGCCUUUGCCCUGAGGAGAGCCCGGUUGGGCCUGCAGGAGCCCGUUGUCUCCCAGAAGGUACACCUUCUGACUGGAAGCAACCCGAACCUUUUCUCAAGGCAGGAUGGAGGCCGCUUCUCAAUGAGGUUACCUUCGGCCAAACAGCGCACUCGACCUGGGGCCGACCUGAAUCAUCAGAUUAUGUCGGAAUCGGUCUCGAAUGCAAAUGCGGCCGGAUUGCUUGACACGAGCAGGACAUCCCCUCGAAACUGCAGACGCAACGAAAGCGAUCCAUGCAAUAUCAACUUGUUAGGUCAAGAAUCAGAUGGGUCUCAGGAUAUGGCUAUGAUGUGUAUAAGGCCUGAGCACCGACUCCCGCAAGACGCCGAUGCUCUUAGCCAGUCGACACUUGAGCCAAACACACAGGGGCGAGAUGCUCCUUGUGAUAUUGCGGACAUGUGCCGUAGUGCAUCAUUUAACGCACAUCCUGACGCACGAGACAGAGAUAUUCGAACGGGGGCUGGGAGCCUCCUCCUGCGGAGAAAGGAGACCUUCCUCAAGCAGCAUAUUAGCCCCCAGCAUCAGCCCUUGGAAGAUCGUGCUACGUGCACGGCUCCCACAAGGUCCGGUCGCGGUGGGCGAACUGCGAGUCCAUCUCGGACGGCGUUUUCGCCGCAGCUGCAGAGGAGAGCACUGGGAUCACCUUUAUCGCCCCAAAUCGCCCGGAAGGUACUCCCCUCUCCGCAGGCGUCACCUUGCCGUCAGAAGCCGCCUACGGGAUUUACUGGACACCCAGCAUCCACAGCAAGUCUAAACAGUGGUGGCGACAAGGAACGUCAACAACCAGGUCUAUCAGCGUUAGACACGCUCGUCGUGCAGGCCAUUUCGCAACUUUCCGGAAAGCUCCGGUUUAGUGCGCGCGCUCUAGUGGAACGCGAAAGCCGGAGGUAUCCUGAAGGGAGCGAUGCCCUGCUAACAAUUCAGGAGCUGUUGUCCUCCACGCCAGCAUCGUCGACGGCUAAUGCAGGUGAUAUUUCCAAGGAACUAUCAGGAAUUUUAAGAAAUCUACGCAACAUCGAGCAGUCGCUGAGCCUGCUUUCAGCCUUAGAGCCUGGACCACCUAUUCCACCCGAGGUACCCGAACAAGACCCCGUGCCAGAGCCAAAGGAAUUGCCAGACGCUGAAAGCCUAGGAGAUACGGUGCCAAGGGGCUUUUUUACUGUCUCCUUCUAGGACUAGAGAUUUUCCUUUGUUUCAUCGGUGGAUGUGUCGCCGAGACAAAUCGUCCGCGAAACAUUUAUAUGGUGAUAGUAAAUCGACUAAGUUGUUUUUGUCGAAAAUAUGAAAAUGUAAGACUGUAGACGAAUACUACUAGGUCUAUCCAAAAUAAUUACUGAAAAACAAAACCAAAAUACAACUGUUACAGCUCUGACGUUGUUUUCGCGAUGCGAAAUACUAAUACGACCGAAUGUGCAGUGCAACCUGAGGGAUCAAACGUUAUAUAGGAUUGGGUGUUGAUGCACCUAGGAGAGACAGGUUAAGAAAAAGGUUAUUUGGUCCACAUUGCUGGCAGCUUUAUGCUCUUGGCCAACAGUAGUUUACUGCUGACCUGCAGUGAAUACUGACCGAAGCCUGCAUAUGAAGUUUGCUUUUGAAAAUGGCCUGACGUCAGUCGGGGCCCACCGUUGUCGGUAAGUCGUCCAAUAAUUUAAGUUUACGGAGGACGCUUAACCACUUACUGAAUCUUUGAUGCAUUCCUACUUGAUAGUAACAGGGCCAGUCGGCACUUCAGUAUCAAGCGGGAACAUUUUAUCUUUCCUAUAGGAAAUAUGUUAUAUUUAAUCACUGCUGUGUUUAUUUUAUUUCAGUAAUUUUAAUAUAUUGGUAUGAUUAUCCUAAUGGUGAUGAUGGUGAGGAUGAUUCCAUGUGGGUAUUUCCUUUUGCGUGAAGAAGCGAGACUCAUCGCACGUCGAGAGACGGUUUCUAUUUUCGCUUCUGCUGAAAUGGCGGCAGGUAUAUUGGACGUCAACGAAUCUCAAAACAUGGCGUGGGGAUACAGAAGCAUAUUAUAUAUAAAUAUAUAUUGUCGACGCAACGAAAAUGUAACAAAUAGUAGAAGUGCAAUGUAUAUCCAUCUCUUUUAUUGCUACUAAAUAUAUAACGAAUCUUAUGUGAAAAUAAGCUAAUUGUUUUGUAGAAGUAUAUAAAUACAGGUACAGCAUAAAUAACAGCACAGAAGAAAUCAGGCCACUUGAACCGUGACGGUAAACAACCCAUAAUCUAUAAUUAUGAGAGAACUGCAACGGAUGCUGUGUUUUACCGUGACCGAGUACGACCAGUCGCCGGAGUCUUAUAUUGCUUAUAUAUCCAAAUACUGAUACUUCGUCAAUAAAAAAUACUGCUGCUGCCUCUGUCGAUAUUAUAA